AUGUACAAGAAGAAGCCGCUAUGGGACGAGGGAAUAAUACCGAAGCCUCCGCGACUUUCCGCCGAGUUGUCGUUCCUCCGCGUCUGCGGCCUCCUCAAGUUCCUCCGGUCGGUCGCCGAGUCCGGUUCCUCCAUCAGCCUCUUCUCUCAGACGCAAUCACUCCCCGAGCUUCAAGUGGUGCCCACUCUGUUUCGGCACUCGCUGACAGAUUCGGACGAUGAGAUCGUGCAGAAUUUGGAUCACAUAUUCGGCGUCGAGCCGCUGAAGAUCACCAACCCUUCAACCGAUUCCGGGGUCUCGCUUGCGCUUGGGGUUUUGGAGGGUUGCUGCCUGCUUCAUCCAGACAGCGCGGUUUUGGCUCAUCAGCACAAGGCCAUUCAGGUUUUGAUGAAUAUAUUACCGAAUCGCGGGGUGAUUGAGCAAGGAGCUUGUUUGGAUGCUUUGAUUGCUAUUAUGUUGGAUUCCUCAGCUAAUCAAAUGGUAAAGCUUCAAACUUCAGUUUCGCGUCAAAUUUAUUGUGAUUGGUUUCGGAGCGGUGAUUGGGUUUUAUGA